GACUGAGCCACUCAGGCGCCCUACCUUACCGGCCAUUUAAAAAUGAAAACAUUUAAGAUCAAAUGGCAGGACUUCAGGCACUGUGGCAAUCCGAAAAGGUUACCAGAUGAGGGGAAGGGAGACUUUCCUGGGAUGCCUGGCCCAUUAUUCCAGCGGAGGCAACUAGAUCUGGCCCUGGUUCUAGAUUUUCCCUCCCUGUCUUCUAUAAUAUGGAGGAGAGCCAAAGGCAGACCCAGCUCCGGGCUCCAGAGAGGGCAUCCUGGGAGUAGAGGCCUGGAGUAGAGGCCCCUACCUCCUCAACUCAUGGACGAAGCCAGGGCAGGUGCCCCCCCGCCACUUCCACUUCUCUCCCCCAUCCACUCAGCCUUCUCCUGACCUGUUAGCCCUUUUGGUGGCUGUAAAGAUGCCAGGGUGAAUUUAGGUCUUAGGGUGUGGAGGGGAGGGGGUCCUCUGUGUUUACAAGAAGUCCUGACACAUCUAACCACACUCAGCUUUAUCUCCUUGCCUCUGUUUAUGGGAAGAGUGAGGGGAGAUGCCUAAUCCCUGAACUGGUACCCCACCCCACUCCCAGUUGGAGACCCAGUAACCUCCAGAAUGAAAGUCCUAAAGAGAGUGUCCCAGGAAGCUGCUGGGGCAGGAAAGGGACGUGUGUCCAUCUGCACAGGCACCCUCGUCAGACCCCCGCCCGUCAGGGUAAGGGGGCCCCUCAUAGGCCAGAAGGCUGCUCGCGGCCGUGAUCAACAUGUUGUAUGAACAAACUGCAGCAGGAUGUACCCCAACCACCACUUCCUGUUCCUCUGUAGCAGGUUUCCUGUCCCUGCCCUGCUUACCUCCACCCCCAAUCCCUUUGCACUCCCAUAGGGGAAGGAUCCUCGGGGUUGGGGCUUGGGCUUGGAAUAAGGACUCAGAUGGGAUUCAGGAGAUAUGAAUCGAGUUCUGGCUGCCACCAACUUGCUGUGUGAUUUAGAACGAGUCACUUCCCUCUCUGGGCCUCAGUUUGGUCAUUGGCAAAGUAAGGAUGAGAGGGCCCUUGCACCCCCUCUGACGUGUUCUGUGAUUUGCUGCCUCUGCCUGGCCCCCAGCCCUCAACCUUCACCCUGCCCUUAAUUUAAAGCAUGAAGGAGUGGGAUGUGGGCCUGGAAGUUGGGGAGGGGAAGGGGAUGCCCAAAUUGGGAUUGGGCCUCCAGGACCCCGCCCCCCAAAUCUACCCUGGUUUCCACCAACAUUUAGUCAUCUGGCUCCCCUACCCCCUGUCCUUGGUCACCUCCGCCCAGGCUCUGGGAGCCAGAGGAGCCCCCCCCAACCCCAGCAUCGUCACAGGCAACACUGCCUGCUGCAGUCCCCAGGUCUCCCUGCUCCUCCAGGUGGAAUACCUGCUGAAGAAGGUGCUCAGCAGCAUGAGCUUGGAGGUGGGCUUGGGUGAGCUAGAGGAGCUGCUGGCCCAGGAAGCCCAGGCAGCCCAGACCACCGGAGGGCUCAGCGUCUGGCAGUUCCUGGAGCUCUUCAACUCGGGGCGCUGUCUUCGAGGUGUGGGGCGGGACACUCUCAGCAUGGCCAUCCACGAAGUCUACCAGGAGCUCAUCCAAGAUGUCCUGAAGCAGGGCUACCUGUGGAAGCGAGGGCACCUGCGGAGGAACUGGGCAGAACGCUGGUUCCAGCUGCAGCCCAGCUCCCUCUGCUAUUUUGGGAGUGAAGAGUGCAAGGAGAAAAGGGGUACAAUCCCACUGGAUGCACAAUGCUGCGUGGAGGUGAGGGGGACAGGUGAAGGGGUGGAGCACAACUCAGGGCCCAGAGGCUCUCCAGUGUGGUGUAAAGGCAAGAGGCUCGGGAGGAGGGUGAAUGGAGAAAAGCCACAGUGGCAAAUGUCUGCUGAGAUGACUGUAAUCCAAAUAUACCUGGGUGCCUCAAGGCCAUUCUCAUCCAUCCCAGCACUUUAAAAAAAACAAAAACAAAAAACCCAAACUGCAAAUCAAAUACUAAAGCCAUUGGUGAGUAAUGUGGAUUUUGCUAAGGAUUUUAGAGGAGAUGGCUUAUGCCUCACA